AUGACCACACCAAGUAAACUUUAUAUUGGACAUCUUUCGUCAAGAACAGAAAAACGAGAUUUAGAAGAGUUGUUCGAACGUUAUGGAAAAGUCUUAAGCGUGGAUGUGAAGCCUAUGGGCUAUGCUUUUGUUGAGUUUGAGGAUCCGCGUGAUGCUGAUGAUGCAGUAAAACAAUUAAAUGGAUAUGAAUUAGAUGGUGCUCGCAUUGCUGUGGAAUGGUCACGUCGAUCUGGCGGUCCAGGCAGUGGUUGCUUCUUAUGUGGCGGACAAGGUCACUGGGCUAGGGAAUGUCCUGAUGCUAGGGAAAAAGGCAUGGACGUUCGAAGCGGUCGAUGCUUUCGAUGCGGUGAAUUAGGCCAUUUGGCGAAAUAUUGCAGCGGUAAUAGUGAUUACGAUCGUAGAGGUCCAUCUCCUAAAUACGGUAGAGCUCGUUCUCCAUACUAUAGUGGACGUGGUGGCUCUUAUUAUGACGACUAUGAUCGUUAUCGACGUUAUUCAAAAUCCCCACCUUAUGGAGGUUCUGGCAGUGGAUCUUAUAGUGGAAGAAAUCGCUCAAGGAGUCCCUAUAGUAGACGUAGCCAGAGCCCUUAUUACAAUGAUUAUGGAAGAAGAAGUCCGAGUCCAUAUGGGUAUGUUUUAGGACGGCGACAUUUAAAUGUCACCAAAACUUAA